UGGAAGUGCGGAGGUCGGUGAAAUGGCGGCGCUCGUUGAGCCGCGUUCCUUUUGUCACGCUCUUUCACACGUUCAGCAUUUGCUCCAUUUAGUGAACUCGCUGUCCGAAGAAAAAUGUUCUCUUGGACGAGUUUCGCGGGAAAUUGAUAGGUGUAGUUUUUAAAGCUGACAAAAUAGCGGCGCGUCGGGUGAAGAAGAGAGAGAGCGAACGGAUCGACGAGUGUUUUAGCAGUCCGUCACAGACACAACAACGAAAUGUUGGUUUUUGCCGCCGUGGCCUUGUCCCCUCUAAGAGCGCUGUGCGAACAGCGGGUGGAGCGGGUCGCCUCGGGGGGCCGAAGGUGGCUGUCGCGCAGCUCGGCGCCGAAGCACCCGAAGGAGGAGCGCCGCGGCGGACCGGUGUUCCAGUACGCGGGCCGGCGCCACCGGCCCAAACACAAGGUCUUUGUCUGGGGGUUCAGCUACGCCGGCGCCCUCGGCAUCCCCAGCUUUGUGCUUCCUGACAGCGGGAGGAAGAAGUGCCGCAAGCACCAGUACACCCCUUACCGCUUGGAGACCGAGCAUCAGAUCUCAUCCGCAGCCUGUGGAUACGGCUUCACUUUACUGUCCUCUAAAACCCUUGAUGUGACCAAAGUGUGGGGUAUGGGCCUCAAUAAGGACUCCCAGCUGGGGUUCCAGGUUUCCUGCCAUGACCGUCAGAAGAGCUACGAGUAUGUCCUGGAGCCCUCGCCGGUCGCCCUCCCCUUGGCUAGACCGCAGGAGACGAGAGUUGUCCAGGUGGCCUGUGGGCGCGCCCACUCUCUUGUUCUCACAGAUGCAGAGGGAGUUUUCAGCCUCGGGAACAAUGCAUAUGGACAGUGUGGGAGGAAGAUUGUGGAGGAAGAAAUCUACAGCGGCAGUCAUGUCAUCCACAAGAUCGAGGGCUUUGACAGCCCUGUCACUCAGGUGGCGUGUGGGCAGGACCACAGUCUAUUCCUGACUGAAAGGGGCCAGGUGUACGCCUGUGGGUGGGGGGCAGACGGACAGACAGGCCUGGGACAUUACAAUAUGACGUCCCAUCCCGUAGCCGUGGGGGGUGAUCUGACAGGGGUGCGGGUGCAGCAGGUGUCCUCAUACGGAGACCUCAGCCUGGCAGUUUCGCAGGACGGGUCUCUCUUUGGUUGGGGCAACUCCGAGUACCUUCAGUUGUCCGCUGUCACCGAAGACUUGCAGCUCAGCACUCCACGGCACCUCCCUUUGGAAGGAGUGGGCAAGCUGCAGCAGGCGGCAUGCGGGGGAACACAGGUGGCUGUUCUGAAUGACAAAGGGGAGGUCUUUGUCUGGGGCUACGGUAUCCUGGGAAAAGGGCCAAACCUGUCAGAAGCAAAAACCCCAGAGAUGAUCCCACUAACACUAUUCGGGCGCUCUGAGUUUAACCCCUCGGUGCGCGUCGCUCAGAUCCGAUGUGGACUUCACCACUUUGCAGCUGUCACAGAUAGAGGAGAGCUCUUUGUUUGGGGUAAGAAUGUGAGAGGUUGCCUGGGUAUUGGGAAGCCAGAUGACCAGUUCUUUCCUUGGCGGGUGACUGUCCCAGGGCAUGUGCUGGAUGUGGCCUGUGGGGUCGACCACAUGGUUGCGCUGGUCAAGUCCCUGACAUGAACCAAAAGGUCUGCACAGAAGAUGGAUACUGGCACCCUAUCAAGUCCAGGAUCACCCUUCUUUGCAAGGGGUGGCUCCUAGCAGCAGAAUGAUGUGGCUACAUUACACUGGUGGGGUCUUUCAGGAGAAAAGUAAAUUUAAUGACUUUAGUACAGAGCAGGAGAACCAGAAAUUCCAGUCUUUGGAAGAAAACUGAUAUUUCACAGUAGUUCAGUUAUUCCUGCUGCCACCACCCUCACCAUCUGUGCUCAUGGUAGACUUAUCACAGCAAUACUAAGGUAAAAUAAAGGUUGAAAUGUUAAACACACACUAGACAAACCCUUCUGGACAGCUCAGUCAACUAGUAUUUGGGAAUACUAAACCAAGUGCUGGCAUUUGUGAAAUAAUGUGCGCUUUUGUUACCCUCUACAAACCUGCUUUUUGGACCUUCCUGUGUUUAACUCAUACUGGUCAACAGUGGCUUCUCUCCUAUUCUUAGCUUGUGAAUUGAGUGGUUGGAUCUAAAAGAUCAGAAUCAAAUUAAGAUGUAUAAAACAGCAAUUUCCUCUGUACAAGUAUGUCAACUGCUAGCAAAGGUUAGUCUUUGAACAGUGAUGCAAACUUGGAGACAGAUUAAAGUAUUUAUUUUUUUUUU